AAUGACAAGACAUCAAGAAAAGAAAACUCACUCUCAUAAACAUGCUGAAUUGCAAAUGAUUUCUACCAUUAGUGACAAUAAUAAAAUUCGUCAAUCUGAUUUUGUACCUUCUUCUACUAAUCCUCCUCAUCCGCUUUCGAAUAAAAGAGUUCUUUCGAAUAAAACUUCCUUGAAAACUUCCACUAGUAAAAUUCUUUCAAAUUCUUCUAAUUCUUCUUACCAGAAUAAAAUUCCUCUGGUUUCUUCUAAUUCUUCUCAUCAGAAUAAGACUCCUUCGGUUUCUGCUAAUAAUUCUCCUCACAAGAAUAAGACUCCUUCAGUUUCUGUUCAUAAGAAUAAGACUCCUCCAGUUUCACCAACUAAAAAAAUAACUGCCUCACAACUUACAACACAAUUCGGAAAUAUCCGACUUUCAGAAUCGUUUCAAGAUAUUGAUGAUGAACAAGAUCAAGGGCAAGGAACUCCAUCCCAGAU